AAUUGAUAGAAGAUUCACUCUCUGCAGAACAUGGCCUCCAGUAGAACUAAAGCACAAGAGGUUAUCCUGUGUCACCUCUGUGACAGGAGACCCGCCCUUCUUCACUGUAAUCCCUGUCAGGUCAACUUAUGUGAAGAAUGCGUCGGAAAACACUAUAUGACGUCAUCGUCCUCUAAUCACGAGAUUGUCAAAUACCGAGAGAGAAAAUUCCACCUUUUAUUUCCAAACUGUAAAGCCCAUAGUGGAGAGAAGUGUACUGUAAAGUGCCAAAACUGUAAUGUAGAAGUUUGCCUGAAAUGUCUCAGCGGAUCCCAUAAUGGUCAUAGAAUUAUUGAUAUCAAGGACAUUGUUGAUGACAAGAAAAAGCUUAUGGAGAAAGACGCAGUUUAUCUUAAAGAUGAUAUAAUUCCUAAAUUUGAACAUGCAGAUACAGAGAUAGAAUCCAAAUUAGCGGCUUUAAAUGCUAAAUGUGAUGAAUUAGAACAAUCAGUCACAGAGCAUGGGCAAAAAUGGCAGCGAUUCAUUGAAGAAAUCGUGGCGAAAAACAAGAAAGACAUUGAAGAAAUGAGAGAAAAUAGCAUUAAGAAAUUGAAAGAAUACCAGAAAGAAAUCAAAAAUGCACUUGAAAGCCUAAAAGAAAUUGCUCUACAGAACGAAAAGAUUUUUCAGUCCAUGGACGUUAGUCACAUCACAAAAUAUGAAAGAAAUAUUGAGAAGUAUCUAAAGAUCCCCUUACAAAUAGAUUUGGAACUACCGACUUUUAUUUCCACGGACAAAGAUAAAGGUAAACUUUGCCAAGAGUUUGGAAAACUAGAAGAACCCAAGAUCCAAACAGAACUGAUCAACAAAUUAGAUGUAUCCAGUGAGCUCCUAGACAAAGCCGUAGAAAUCGCAUCCUUCCACACUGGAAUAACAGAGUUGAUGAGGAUAGCAUGUCUAAAUACAGAGGAGGUGUGGGUAUCUGGACAGAAUAAAAACAUCACUCGUUUCAACAUGCAAGGUUCUGUACAGGAGACAAUUACCGCUUCUUGUAAGAGAUUUCCUACCGACAUCUCAGUUUCAAAAGAAGGGCAUCUACUAUACACUGAAACAGUUCAUAACUUAAUUAAUGAUGUCCACCAGACAACAGCACAGAUCACAGCACCACAGGGAUGGGAACCAGUAGGACUGUGUUGUACACAAUCAGGUGACUUACUGGUCAGUAUGUGUACACAUGAUGAAGAACAUUAUAAAAUUGUACGUUAUGAAGGCCAAAUAAUAAAGCAGGAAAUAGAAAGGGACAACAAAGGUAACCCACUAUACAAAGCGGGAAAUGAUAUGCUCUUUGUGACGGAAAACAACAACGGGGAUAUCUGCGUCUGCGAUUGCAAUGCUGAGGUAGUCGUCGUCGUGAAUAAAGCAGGAAAACUACAAUUCAGAUAUAAAGGACAACAAACGAUGAAAAAGCAGUUUGAUCCCGCCAGUAUUGCCACAGACUCCGCGGGUCGUAUUAUUGUAAAGGAUAAUGGUAAUUCCUGUACCCACAUCAUUGAUCAGGACGGUCAGUUUCUUCGUUGUCUGGAUUUCUUUGGAGCUCUGAGUGUGGACACACUGGGGCGACUGUGGGUGGUGGAGUUUGAGAGUGGAAAUGUGAAGGUAAUCAAAUAUACAGAAUAAACGGUUUGAUUUCUUUAAUACAAUCUACGAAGAAAUAUUAUAACAAUAUCUACAUAUUCUUUUUAAUAAUGGAAAUUCUUUUAGUGUCACUUUGGUUUUUCAUCAAUCGUCAUAAAAUAGAAAAAAAAGUGAUAAAUUGGACCUUAAAUUUCUGAAAUACUCAAGAUGUAACAACAUGCAAAGAUUUUAAUGUUCUGGGAUUAAGUCAGUGUUUUACUUAUUGAUUUGAAAAUUCAUAAAAACUGGACAAUUUUUAAAGUGUGUUUAAUAAUCUAAUCUUAUUAUGAAUAUCUUUUUCAUACUGUGAUGAUAAAAUUUAAAGAGAUCAACUUAAUGAAAACAAACAAUGCGAAUUUCAAAUUACUAAAUAACAGUAAUUUUUCUAAUAGAUGUGGCUGAAAGAUGGACUUUUUAUUCAGAAUAUUUUUAAAGUUUAACUUCAGAUAAGUCGCAUCCAUGUUCUGUUAUGAUUAUAAACUUUAAUAUUUCAUACACCUAAGAAUUUCAUUUUGUUGUAUUAAAUUAAAGUAACGUUAAAUAACCUAGAAGCAGUUUUAGGUCUUACAUGAAGCCCAAUCUAAAAGAAGCUGUUUACUUGAAAGAAACUUCUAAAACGAUGUUUGUCUUCCUCCAACUAUUCCUCCAGUCGCCUGCCUCUGGUCAUUGAAACAUUACAAUAUCAGCUACAACCAAAAUAUUUCUUUUUUAAAAAUAGGGAGAUAUUUCAAAUGUACUUUUUUGUGUGGAAUUUCGAUUUUAUCAAAAAAGCAUGAAAUCAUGUGAUUAGAACAGAUAAAGCUUGUCAAAUAAAGGUCCUGUACAUAAUAAACCAUGAAUUAGAUUCUGUCCUAAGUACGACAUACAGAGAGGAUAUAAAGGCUGGUGGUUACGAUUGUGCUAUAACCUAUAUGGAAAUGGAAAUACAUGUACUUGCAUUCGAUUGAGUGCGUUUUGGUUCAUUGUUUGUGUAAAAAAGUGAAGAGAAGAGUCCCCAAAAUGCAAUUUUUAUCAUUUUUAAAUAUCAUCAAAGGUGAAAAGAGAUUUGUUUGAGAGAAA